AUGUCUAUGAAGAUUGAAGAUGUUGCAUGUAAACAAUUUCAUACGAUUGCCAUAGUUGGAGGUGGAAUUGGUGGUGUUGGUGCUGCAUAUGCUUUGCUUCGUAGUGGAUAUACAAAUGUGACAAUAUAUGAAAAACGUGAUGCUCUUGGUGGUAAUGCUAAAACACAUGUUUGGCAAGUUGAUAAUAAGAGUAUUACAACUGGAUUAUCUGUAUUAGCAUGGCCAGAAAAAUUUCGUAAUUAUAUUCAUUUAUUAAAUGAAUUAAAUAUUAAAACAACUAUUGUUGAAUUACCAUUUUUUAUUCAUAAUAAAGAAGAAAAUAUUAUAUUUGCUCAUGGAAAACAAUAUAUUAAUGCUCAACAAUAUAAUAAUGAUUUAAAACGUUGGAUUCGUAUGAUUAAUACUAUUAAACAUGUAUCUAAAUUUUUCAAUGGUAAAGAAAUAUCUGUGUAUUAUUUUUCAUUUUUAAAUCCUUUUAAUUAUAUUUCAAUGAAAUUU